UUGGGAAGUAAAAUUUCAAAUCAAUCGCGGAAAAAUGCAAGGUGGAUCAACCGGAAUCGGCUACGGUCUCAAAUACCAGGCGAGAUGCAUUUCAGAUGUGAAAGCGGAUACAGAUCAUACCAGCUUCCUCACCGGCACGCUCAGCCUCAAAGAAGAAAAUGAGGUGCAUUUACUGAGGCUGUCCGACGGCGGUACUGAAUUGAUCUGCGAGGGUUUGUUCUCGCAUCCGAAUGAAAUUUGGGAUCUCGCUUCCUGUCCUUUCGAUCAGCGAAUUUUCUCCACUGUCUUCUGUUCUGGGGAAACAUAUGGGGCAGCAGUAUGGCAAAUUCCUGAGUUGUAUGGUCAACUGAGCUCUCCUCAACUGGAGAGUAUCGCUUCUCUGGAUGGGCACACUUCCAAGCUUAGAUGUGUACUGUGGUGGCCUACAGGAAGACAUGACAAGCUGGUCAGUAUUGAUGAGCAUAAUCUCUUUCUUUGGAGCUUGGAUACUUCAAAGAAGACUGCUCAGGUGCAAUCACAAGAAUCAGCAGGCAUGCGUCACUACUUAACAGGCGGAGCAUGGGAUCCUCAUGACUUUCAGAUGGUUUCUUUAACAUGUGAUUCAUCUGUCCAACUUUGGGAUUUAAGGACAAUGAAGAAAACUGAUUCAAUUGACCGUGCGCAUGUACGUAAUGUUGACUAUGACAUGAAAAAGAGGUACAUGCUUGUAACUGCUGAAGAUGACUCAGGAAUUCAUAUAUGGGACCUUAGAAAGCUGAAAUCUCCGGUUGCUGAUCUUCCUGGGCAUUCACACUGGACAUGGACUGUUAAAUGUAAUCCCACGUAUGAGGACCUGAUUCUGAGUGCUGGAACUGACUCAGCUGUCAAUUUAUGGCUAGCCUCUCCUUCAAUCCAUGAUCACUCAGUACAAGAUAGUUCAUUGACAUCACAAAAUCGGACUGAGCCGUUACUGAAUUCGUACAACGACUAUGAGGACAGUGUUUAUGGUCUUGCUUGGAGUUCUCGGGAACCAUGGAUAUUUGCUUCAUUAUCUUACGAUGGAAGGGUGGUUGUGGAAUCAAUAAAACAUCACCUAACUAGAUGAAUAACUGAUCGAUGUAUUGCUGAUGGAGACUUAGAACCCAUUCUUGUCAAUACAUACCUAUGGCGUUUUAUGAAGCUAUGCUGCAAUUCAAAUUCAAGACUAUAUUGCAUAUUUUAGAAUUGAUCAUUUUCGUCUGUGGUAAAUUUACGAUCCUCCCAUUCAACAACUUGGACCAUAUCCGUCCAGCUUGUAAGAUGGAUUUCCAUUCCAAAAAUCACUUGUUGUCUGAUUCAUCAUUUACCAGCAUAUAUGUUGCGCAGUAACGGGCUAUUCGCUUUCUUAUGCAAGUUGGAAUGGCUGUUAUUAAACCUCAUGUUCUAUGCAUUCAAUCUAUGGUCUAAGCGUAUUUGUA